AUUUAAUGAAAGCCCAUGUGUAUUUUGGAUUUACAAUGUUAAAACAGAAGCAAAUAAAAUUCAAGAGACUUCUAAAAUUAUCGUAUAAAUAUCUAAGAUUGUCGUUUAAAUACCUAUACUAGUAGUUAGAACCAGGUCUAGAUAAAUAAUAAUUUAAAACAAAAUGGAGCAACGGUCUGAAGUGGUUUAUAAAAGUGUUUGUGAGAAUGUAGAAGGGAAACUUCUAUUGAAGAAAGAAGAUGGACCACAAAGAAGAAAUAGAACCUUUUUGUAUCUUUCAGCAGUCAUAGCUAAUUUAUUUAUGUUCAGCGUAUCGAGUCUAUUCAGUUGGUCUUCAUCAGCAAUAGAAAAAUUAACCGCAAAUAGUUCAGAUAUCAAUCCAUUGGGAGAACCAAUAACAGCAGUACAAGAAUCAUGGAUAGCCUCUUUACUGCCACUAGGAGCAGCAAUUGGUCCGCUUCUUUCUGGAAAGCUCUGCGACACAAUAGGAAGAAAGAAGACUUUAUUAGUAAUGGCAGUCCCAAACGUCAUUUGUUUGUUAACAAUAUGUUAUGCAAGAAUCAUUACCAUUUUUUAUAUAUGCAGGUUUAUAAAUGGUCUAGUCACAGGAAUGGCAUUCGCUAUUACACCAGUGUAUCUUUCAGAAAUCUCGGAAGUGAGCAACAGAGGAGCCAUCUCAACCUUGCAGGGGAUCUUCAUGAACGCAGGGGUCUUGUUUAGUUUUUUGUUAGGACCGCUCUGUUCGCUUAAGCUUCUAACGUUUUUGUGUGCCUUACCUUCAAUUUUGUUUAUUAUUUUAUUUGGUAUAUUCAUUCCAGAAACUCCAGUAUUCCUAGUAUCUGUGCAUAAGGAAGAUGAGGCAAAGGAAGCUCUAAAAAAAUUGAGAAUGACAAAAGACGUUAAUGGUGAGUUUAAAGCGAUAUUAGCGUCAUUUGAAGCUUCAAAUCAAAAAGAACAAGGUGCUUUAGAUGUAUUUAAAGAUGCUGGAUCGAGAAAAGCUCUGAUUAUAACCAUAGGAUUAAUGUUUACUAGUCAAUGUUCUGGAGUUAAUCCAGUUGUAAGUUACCUUGACACGAUUUUUAAAGCGUCUGGUUCUACCCUACCACUCUACUUUUUAACAAAUACAGUGGGAGUUAUACAAAUUGUCGGAAAUUGCAUUUCGGUAGCAUUAAUAGAGAAAUUAGGAAGAAAAAUUCUAAUUUUGACAUCGGCAGUAGGUCUUUUACUUACCGAAAUUACACUGGCAGUUUACUUUUACCUCAAAGAUGUUCAACAAUACAAUAUGGAUGGUAUAUCUUGGUUACCAGUCACUAGCACAAUUGCCUUCAUCUUUUUUAUAAGCUUAGGAGUAUCUCCACUACCAUUUACCGUUAUGGGAGAGAUCUUCCCUCAUAGUACCAAAGCUUUUGGAUCAGCUCUCGUUUGCUGUUCCUGUUUCGUUUUCUCUUUUGCUGUCACCUUUCUAUUUAGGGUAUUUAUGAAUUUGUACGGUCUUUCUUUCUGUUUCUCUUUGACCACUUGUUUUGUGUUUUGUGGUAUGGUCUUCAUUUACUUUAUGCUCCCCGAAACGAAAGGAAAGAGUGAAAGUGAAAUUCAACAAAUGUUAAUAAAGUAAAUAUUAAAUUAUGUGAAAGUAUCUGUAUUAUGUAGAUUAAUAUACAAUAUUUUCAAAAUAAUCGGUACUUGCACCAAAAACAUAAAUAUGAAGACGAUGAAUAGGUUGCCUAUAUGAGUCCAUAGUCAAUGAAAUAAAAAUAGACUUACUCAAAAUAACUUUUGUUUACCCCAGACGACCGGUUUCGCUUUCUACAUUAUGCAAAGCAUCAUCAGGUCUCGGUACAAUAACCUUAAAUACUAAAAUCGUAGCAGCCAAGAUGGCCGAGAUAUUUUAAUUUGCGCUCUUUAAUGCAACACCACAUCUCGAAGGCCUCGAGCAUUAGCAUAUUAUGUCUAAUCUUGUUUAAGGGAGUUUAGAGAAAGUAUUAGUAAUCACAAACUUUUCUUAUACUUCAAAUUCGCCCAAUUUGGCGAAUUCCUCACUCAUUUACUUCUCCAAGAUCAAACUGUCCUAUGAAUUCUCCCGUUAUCUCCUACCAAUCUUGGUAUUUAGAUCACCCAUUUUUUUUCUUGAAGCCGUCCGUGCAUUCACUCCGGUGGCACUGCAGCUUUUCAGCUUAUUGUGCUUUCUUCCAUUUGUUCUCAUGACACCCAAUCCAAUAUAGCAGUGCCCUUCACUAGCCUGUAAAGGUCCAUUGGGUUAGUGCCAUAUACUGUCGGACUUGGUUUGCAGUCUCCAUAUAUUGCUUGUCUCUUACGGUCCAGAGUCUCGCAAUCGCACAAUAAAUGUCUGACUGUCUCGGUCUCUCUAUUGCAUAGUCUGCAGCUGAGUAUUCUUACAGCUGCAGCAGUAUUCUUUGUGCUGUCUUCGUAUCCAGCCUCUUAACCGGUCUCUGAUUGUGCUUUUGGGCACUCCCAGUGCCGGUUCUGGACAGAAGUAUCUUGUUGCUGAUCCUGGUCUAGCAAGUUCUUCAGCUUUCUCAUUACAAGCGAUCCCUUGAUGUCCAGGCACCCAAAUGUGUUUUACCUCAUUAUGUUCCGCCAGGGUGUCAAGUUCUUCGCGGCAUUCCCAUACAAGCCUUGAGGUUAUCCUUGGGUUCUUUAAAGCCCUCAAGGCCGCUUGACUGUCUGAACAAAUAUUGAUUCUCUUAUUAGUAUAAGUCCUCAAUCUGUUUAUCCGUGCACAGUGCAGGAUUGCAUAUACCUCCGCCUCAAAUACAGAGGUAUAUUCUCCUAGUGGGAUGGAACCGUUAUAGUUCCUAUCCUCACUAUAUACUCCUGUAGAUCACCCAUAAUCAAAGUUAAAUCUUUUUGAUGAUGCUUUUAAGCUGUUGGAUAAUUCAUUAUACUUAGAUUUAUGUCAUGUGGUUAUCAGCUGUAGGUGAAUAUACUUGGAUAGGUAAUGUUAGUUGGAUUUGGGUAAAUAUGACAUUUAAGAGGAUUUACUGAAUUAAUUUUAUACCUACUUCAUAUAGGGCUUUUCAUCGACUGUCAAUUGUUUCGAGCUUCUGUCAUGUGUCACAUAAUAUUAAUAUAUCUACGUCAUACGUCUUUGGUUUUUAUUAUUGUAGAUACCAAUAACGUAUGACGUAGAUAUAUUAAUAUUAUGUGACACAUGACAGAAGCUCGAAAGAAAUGACUGAAUGAAAAGCCCUAUUCGUGUCUUACAUUUUUGAUGAUCACUAAUUUCACAUUGUUCAGAGUUUCGUCCAUCGUUCAUCCCAUCUCGUUUAUUUUCGUUAUGUCUUGUCGUGUUAGUCUAUCCAGUCUAUGUUUAUCUGACUGAUAGCUACAGAGUUACUAUGUUUCAAAAUCUUUAUACUGAAAUCCUUUGAGUCUCAAACAAUGUUUUGACGGUUUUUAGGCAAAAUUUACAACUGUGUCAUCGGCGUAUGCGCUGAUUGGCAAGCAUUUAUAUUAAAUAUAAUCGGUUCUGUUAGUUUUAUAAUGGCUGAUGUAAGAAUAAAAUAAACAUUAAAUAACAUGGUUUACUA